GCGGGGUGGCCCGGCGCGACGUGCCCGGGCGGAGGAGGCCGCGCCAUGGCCCCGCGCGGGCGCUGGCGGCGGGCGUUGCUGCUGGCCUGGCUGCCGGCGGGUUGCCUGUCCCUGCUGGUAACAGUUCAGGAUGCUGAGCGUUAUACCACCUUGUUUGCCAAUGUGGUCCUCAAGUGUGACUACAGCACCUCAGCGCAGCUGCAGGAUGUGGUGGUGACCUGGCGCUUCAAAUCCUUCUGCAAGGAUCCCAUCUUUGACUACUACUCAGUCUCAUACCAGGCCAGUUUAGCUCUUGGCCAGGAUCCAUCUAAUGACUGCAGUGACAGCCAGCGAAAGGUGCGCAUUGUCAUCCAGAAAUAUGGACAGAACGAGCCUGUACUGGGCGUCGAUUACCGGCAACGGAAGAUCACCAUUCAGAACCGGGCAGACCUCGCUAUCAGCGAGGUCAUGUGGUGGGACCAUGGCGUGUAUUAUUGCACUGUGGAAGCACCAGGAGAUACAUCAGGUGACCCAGACAAGGAAGUUAAGCUAAUUGUUCUCCAUUGGCUCACGGUGCUCCUUAUCAUCUUUGGUGGGCUCCUCCUUCUCCUGCUGAUUGGAGUGUGCUGGUGCCAGUGCUGUCCCCAGUAUUGCUGCUGCCACAUCCCAUGCGUCUGCUGCCCAAAGCGGUGCUGCUGUAACGAGGAAGCACUGGAACAGCAUCGGUUCAUGAAGCAGGCUCGUGCACUUGCACCUUGGAUGUCACCCAACAUGUUCUACAGAGGUGGUGAUAGGAAUUCCCAACUUUCUUCUUACCAGCUGAACCCUCUGCUGCAACGAGAUGUGUCUCUGCAGAGCAGUAUUCCACUGGUGCAGCCACAAGGUCAGCUUUCUUCUAACAAGGGUGUCUUGGACUACCUGGAGUCUGAAAUCCAAAACCUUAACCUGUCCCAGCCCCUGCCACCCUCCCACCAGCAGCAGGCUGUGCCGCACCCCAGCAUGCUCUCCUCCCUGGGCUCCGAGAUUGUGGAACGCAGGGUAAUACGUCUGCCUCCUCUCAUCAACUCUGUCCCGUCCUUCCACGGGAGCAGCAACUCCACACGCCCCCAGAGAAAUGCUCACACGCCCCAACCCUGGGAUUUCCCAGCAGAGAACAAGAGGGAAAACCGGCAGUGGCCCCGGCCUCCCAGUAGGGAUUCUCACUCCACCUACAGUCGGGAGCCCUGGGACAGGCAGCAAGAGGAGCAUCCUCCAAGGCAGAGGACAGGCAGCUACAAUGGUAGGCCUUGGCGCUCCAGACAAGAUGUCUCACCCACGCGCCAUGCUGAGAGGGGCAAGAGCAGCAGCAGCAGUUUCUACCCAGAAGAGGCCAAGGAGCACUCUAGCCACCAUCGUGACUCAAGACAGCAGCCCACAGAGAGGCGAGACUACCAGCACCACACCAGGAGGAGCAACAGCUCAGGUCAGCGGCGGCACAGCUACUCUCCCCCUUCUCGGCGAGGGUCAUGGAGCUCCUCCGAAGAGCAUGUCCGUCUCCCAGUGGCAAACCGCAAGCGUCACCGCCGGUCUCGGGACCGGCCAGAAGAUAAACCCCCCAGUUAUCGCUCACUAGAAGUCAUCCCAGAUCGGGACAGCAAGCGUAGAGACAGUGUAGGGCCACGCUCGGAUAGAGGAAGUUCCCGCAGUGGAAGAAGCAUAGUCAUUUAAUGCCAGUGCUGAAAGAACUGAGAUUCCCACCAAACUCCUUUUUGCUGUCCCACCAUGUAGGCUGGGAUGGCUGCUUUUGAUUGGACAGGCAACAAGCAAAAAAACAGAUAAAGCUGCUUCCCGUGAGACUUGUGACUCUAAAGAAUCUAUGUCUAGUGCCCAUGAAAGCAGUACCUAAUGCCUUCAUACUCCUGCUUUGACCUGGAAACUUAGGUUUGCAAUGGGCUGUAAUCUGUUGAAAACAUUCUGUUGGAAAUGGUGUACUUUUUAGUGGCAUUGAACAAACAGUAUAUUCCCAACUUUUAAAGAAAGAUACCAGUUGUCCUUGUUAGGUGCUCUGGCACGGCAAGGAGCCCAGUCUGUAGAACACUGGUCUUUUGCACACUGCUCACUGGUGAAUGGCUCAAGUAAUCAGAGUUGUAGAAUCACAGAACAGUAGAAUAAUUCAGGUUGGAAGAGACCUCCGGAGUUCAUCUGGUCUGGCCCCCUGGGAGUGAGGUGUAGUGAGGCACAGCUUCCUAGGGUCCUAUGUUGUGCUUGAGAAUGUGUAAGAUUUGCUUCUUCUGCCUUGCUGUUUGGCAUAGUUAAGGGACAGUCGCUUCCUUUCACCCCAGUAAGCCUGUCUCCCAAACAGAAGAAUCAGAAUGUUGGAAGGAUGUUUGACUGCCUUAACAAGGGCUCACUAGCACAUCUGAAAAUUGCCAAUUCAUCUACCUGUCACUGACCGAACCACCCUGCCCUGCUUUAACCAGUUGUGGUUAAAGGUACUUGUGCUAGCCUUUAACCAGCCUUGCUUUUAUUUGUAAAUUUAAAGGGCUAAAUUUAACAAGGUCUGGCUGUCCUCACAGGGCCUGAGCAAGGUAUGACUACUGCUCCUGGUACUGUGGACCAGAAUUUCCUUCAACUCUAGGAAGCAUGACUUUGGUGGAUAUAUCUUUCCUGAGACAUGUACUCUUUUGCAUGCAUUUUAUGUUCUUCCUUUGCUCUCUGUGCCAUCUGUUGUGUACAUGGGGUAGGGUAAAGGGCUCUGUGAGAAGUCUUACGGUCACCACUUUUACUACUGCCCUAACAAUACUACCGUCUCCAAAUGUGUUGUGCAUCUGAGCCGUAGCUAGAUUGCCAGGUUUUCCUAACUGUUACCUUGCAACUAAAACAGAAUUUAUCUGUGCUCUAAGAACAGUUGCUGAGGAGAACAACUUGCCAUUUCCCCUUGAUACGAUUCAUCUACUGUUUUCAUUAGAAUGUGCUGAAAAAGCAGAGAUAUUCCCUGUGUCCUUCUAGUUGGAUGCUGGCUGCCUCUAUAGGAAACUGGCUUUCCAAAGAUACUUCUUGGAUUCAUAAGACUCAAUUGUUUGUGAGGAACUUCUGGGGCAUCUUGUGAGUUAUUUUGUAACCCAGAGGCACUAGUGAUUGGCCAGGAUCAAUCAUUAUACUGCCUAGGUUAUUUCCCAACCACUACCAGAUGGGACACCUUCUACUAUUUGUUCUUUAAUGUCCCAGGUGGUGAUGUGCUUACAGUUUCCCUUGGAAGACUGACUUGGAGAUGCUUUCAUUUUCUCCACCUCCCUUAUUCUUUUCUUUGGACAACAAUGGGAAAAUUCCUGCUGGGGGGGGGGGGGGGAAUACUUCUAGCUGGAUACCCGAAGCAGUUGCUGGUUGACCAAAGGCUAUUAUGGGGAACACUCACUUUCCUGCAGUUCUUUGGUUGAUAGUGCUGAUUUCUGCCUACAGAGAGAGAGCAGGAGGACUUUACUAGUCGCCCGGUAGACUUUGUUUCAGAAGUGGAGACCUACUUUCUGGAGGCAGAGGGGCUGUUGGACAGUAGUUGAUGGCUAGCACAAAAAGGAAUGAAAGAGCUGAAAGAGCAACUCCAAAGUUGGAAUUCAAGAAGGGGAAGCUGUAAUAAGCUCAGUCCUUGACUGCAUUAGACCCAAACUGUGAACGUGAACUGACUCAUGAGUUACACUUGAAGUAUGGGGUAUUAAGUGUGUUUGCAGAACUUGCAGAGCUGCUGAGCUCACUGGCUGUGGAUCAUUUUUAUUCUUAUUUAAUGACAUGCUGGUGAUGGGACUUAAUGUUCUGAGGGUUUUAUGUAUCCCUUGUUUUAUGGCUGGAAUUUUUUUUAAUUUCGGAGGAGUUUAUGGUGACUGCAGUGAUAGAAAAUAUGGGGCUCCUUCUUCCAAAACUGUCAUCUUGUUUUGACUUUAGCAUUGCCCUUUGCCAACUAGUAGUAGAUCCAGGAUCUGGAAGAUUUUUCCCUGGGAAGCUGAAUUAGUGGCUUGGAAUUUGACUUUCUCCUUUGCUUCCCAUAGAUCUAUGCAGAAAAACCUCUUUUUCCUGUCAUCUCAGCCUAACCCAAAUGUCCAGGUUUCAGGGAAGGACUGCCCCUCUCUCCAUCAAGAGCAGAGUCUACUGACACCAGCUGAGAUCCCAAGAUGGCAGCAUGGGAAAGAGUUUACUCUCUUUCACAUACAAAUGUGUAUAACCCAAUAUUUGUCUAGCAAUUUUUUCCAAGAUCAAGGACCCCCUGUCACAGCAAGAAACCCAAAGAUGACUUUGUGUAACAGCAGCAGCUAUUGAAGCUUGCCACUGUAGUAUGAGCAUACUAACUGCAGGUCCAAACUUUUUGAUCUAAAUCCUGUGAAGGAGCUGUCCAUCUUUAUUCUUUUCUCUGGUCCCCAUAAUUGAGCUAGGGUAGCUAAUUGUAGAUUGUGUAAAUUUGCACAAUAUAUGCUGUGUGAAGUCUGAAGAGUUUUAUCGUUACCAUGCUUGAGCAUCUCUUCAGUCACUUUGUUCAUAUUUAUGGAAACAUCAAACAAAACUCUUCAUGGAAAAUUGACUGUAUCUCAGACUUAAUUCUGUGACUUCUUAAACUGCAGACAGAAGUAGAUUAGGUUAUCCAGCAGGGAAGCAAAAAUGGUACAAGGUUUACUAAAAUCUGGUCCACAGACCACUAUGGUUCAUAAAAUACCAGUUGGUGGGCUGUGAAAUAAUUAAAAGGGAAAUUUAUACAUGCAUGCUUCACAACUGCAAGCAGACAGAAAAGUGAGAAGAAAAUAGGCUAUACUUUGAAUGCUUAUUUCUAUUUUUAAUUGGCUGCAAAUGAAAGCCAUUGUGACUGCACUGCACAAUACUAAAUGGACUCUUUUCCUCCAGUAAGAUUACAGGGUCUUUUGACUUUCAAAAAAGAGAGAGAGAGUGAAUCAGGCAGCUCAGAUACUACACAGUGAAAAGAAAUAACAGUAGGAAGUAGCAUAGCCUAGUUCUUUCUAUGCUGUAAUAUAAUCAUGUUUGAUUUUCAGCCACUGCAAAGAGCUGAUGUUCACAUGUCAGCCCAUGUGUGGUGAAAGAAGCUGAAUAUGUGUUGCAUUUGGCAGUUAUUGCCAUUCCAGACUUUUGUUGUUCCUGUCAGGCAACUGAAGGAACAUAACAUACCUUACCCUCGAGAAUGAAUUUUUCUAUACCACUGAAGAUAAAGUGCCUUGAUAGUAACUGGGACUACCCUAAUUAAAAUAAUAGUGUAAUGAGUAAGGGACCAUGCCAUGUGGGGCAGAUAAGGACGUCUAUGUUGCUCCUGGCAGCUGCUUUCCACCAGAGAUUUGUAAGAGAGAUAAAAAUCAUGUAAUUUUUCUUUGAUUAAGAAAGGACUUGCAUUAUCUGGCUUUCUUGCUUAUUUGCAGAGCACCCUGCCAUUCCAGAAUGCCAUUCCAGGAAUGGAGGACAAGGGCUGUUUCUUGUGUAAUCAUUGAUCUGGUCUUGGCAAUUGUCUGUUUGGCAGUAGAAAGUGCUGAAAAGCCCAGUUGCUAUCUCUGGGAUUGUAUUCAUGAUACACUAACUUUAGCACUAGCUAAAGUUAGGCUAACUUGGGGGUGGGGGGGAAGUUACCUUGUGAUAGCAACCACAGUGCAAAUCUCCUCAGCAGUACGUAUUAUUGCGUAGGGUAGCUAAGUCCCCUCUGUGUUACUACCUCCAGCAGCACAUCAGUUUAAAACACCACUUAAUAUGGUUAGAGACUUUAGUUUGUGGACCUGACGUAGGAGAGAGAUGACACUUGAGAUUAUAUUAAAUUAACACCCGCAAGUAAAGACUGCUCCUUGCUAUUUCUGUAAAGUUUAAUGCCUAUAAUGUGACUUGUACUGGUCUUCCAAAUGUUAUUCCAGCUGUAAAAGUAGAUGGCAAAUGUGUAGAUUUUCUUCAAUGAUUGUCAAAUGUGUAAUUAAAAUAUAUGAGAACUUUCAA